GUAUAGCUACAUAUGAUAAUCAUAAAUGGAUUACUUUCGAAAUACUAAAGUCAGCAAUUAAUUGUUAACAGAUAAACUAAUUUUACAGUGUGCUCUUACAGAGAGUUGAUUUUUAAUGAGUGCCCUCCAAACGUCUACAGUUAGCUCAAUGAAAACAACAACUAUGUUGAUUUGUAUUUUGUUAGAUCAGUUUUCAAAUAUGACUUACUCUCUCAACAACAAUAGUAUUUUAUACAAAUGAAUGAUUUUGUGUCAUUUUAUGGUAAAGCUGCCUUUUACGCUUCUUAGAUUGAAGGAUUAAUUUAGCUUGCCUUCAUAUAUAACAACGACUUGACUUCUAUUUAGUAUGGAAUUUAAUCGGGCUUUUAUAAUUAUACUGACUCUGAUUAUGAGGAUUGUCUUGGAGAUGAUUUUAUAGAGCCUUACGAUCCUAGAUGUAGACCAUGGUUUUAAUUUGCUGCUAAUAAUCCAGGAUACUUUUUUUUUGAGCCCUAUCUUGAUCCUAUUGGAGGUGAUAUUUUGAUGACUCUUUCUACAUAAAUUAAUAGAUAAAAUUAACUUUAUUCUGUAAACAGUAUUGAUAUUUACAUGAUAAAUCUUGGUAAGUUAUUUAAUUCUACAUAAAGUCAGAGCCAAUAUAGUAUCUUACUUCACGAGUUUAACAAUACAGUGUUUGCGCAUCCUUUGCUUAAUAGAACAGACUAGCUUUCCUGGUCAGAUUUAGAAUUCUAUAAUAUCACAAUGGUUUGUUCAAAUCAAACACAAUUAAUGGAAGAAUGCUAAAAAGAAAAGGAAUCAUUUUAAUAACAAAUUGAUUAAACAAUAAAUUUUAUAAAAACUGGAAACUAUUCAGUUGAAUAAAAGUAUAAUUUAGACUCCUUGUAUUAGUACUGGUCCAAAUUUGGAGAUUAAAGAAUAAGCAUGGUUUAUCCAAUUUAGAGCUAGAUUAAAAGGUCUGAAAAUUAAAAACCUUACUCCUACUCAAUUGCUUUAGCAGGUAGAGUUAUAUCUGAUAAAAGAAAAUCUCUAAAACUCUUGAAUUUGAUAAAUGCUAAUUAUAUCCAACUCCCACUUAUUCUUUCUUUUGUAACAAUCAGUUUUGCAAUAAUUAUUUUUAUUGUCAACUUUGCUAUAUUUUAGGCUACUUAGAUUUGGUAUCCAAUUGAACUGCUUACUUAAUUUUUAUAGAAAAGCCUUUUGUAAGAUUUUACUUGUAAGACUCUCCAUACUUAGCCCUCUAUGAGAAUGAAAUAAAAAUCUUAAUUUAAUAAUUAAUCUUCUAAAAAGAGAGAAGUUUUUGGUAGCUACCUUUUAAAUAAAGAUGAUAUCAUUCAAAAUUAGUCUCAUGAUCUUGAUUAAUCUGAUUAAUUUGCCUUAAAAAGUACAAACAGGUAAAAAUAGAAUUCAAAAAAUAAAGGCCAUUAUAGUCCAAAUGCGAUGGACUCACCAUUAAAUUACUUAAAUACUAACAGACUUAGUCUUUACUCAGAAAUUAUAGUAUAAGAUUCAACAUAAAGAGAUCGAAUCGAAAGUUAAUAAUCUUUCUCCACAGGCAGAGCUUCUUAAUUAUUAACAAACCAAAAUAGGAGCAGGCUAUUUUCUACAUAAUCAAAUGGUUUAUCAUAGGAAUAAGACUUUUAACUUCAUUAAAAAGAAGAAGAUGGAACAAAUAAAAUUCUUAAAGGCUUGAAACCUAUGUUUUUUGAAAUGAAAGUCAUCAAGAAAACAUUUCAAUAAUUAGAAUAUGUAAUCAAUUACUCUGUUUAGUAGUCAAAGCUAAACUCUUAAAGCAGUUUGAAUACUCUUUUUCACUUUUCCAAAGCUAAAGAGCUCUUUUUAAAGCUAAAUAAUUAAACUGGUUUGAGUCGAUGCUACUUUAAUUUAGGGCUGAUCCACCUAUUAAAAUAUGAGUUUAGUUUAUCCUCUGAGUACUUUUAGUCAGCAAUACAAAUUAAUUUGAAUUUAAUUGGAGAAGAUUAUUAAAACUUAGCAAGUUUUAAACUUCUUUAAGGCCAAGAUAAAGAUGCAAAAGAUUAGCUCAUCAUAUUUACCAAGAGAAUACUCUCCCUGGCUUAUAGUUAGAAGUGCUCAGCUUUUUAGCAAAUAUAUGUUGAAUAAAAAGAGGAUCUUAAUAACUCAAAUGAAAUGCUUAUUAAAAAUCUUGAUUGCUAUAAAAUUUAUGCAAACUAAAAAUCAAAGUUAGAUUUAAAAGAAUAAAAUAUCCUUUUAUUAUUGAAAGAAUCUCUAAGUUUAUUCUAAAAAGUAGAAAAAAUUGUUGAAAACCAUGCCUAGGAUUUCUCUGAUAUAUUUAAAAUAUUUUUGUAUUAAGAAAUUACUGAAAUACUUGCACAUUAAGACUAAAAAUAACAAAUAUUAACUCAAUAUAUCAAAAAAAUUUUAUUUUUGUUUUUAAAGAAUAACAUUUCUUUUGAAGAUAUUUCACAAGGAUAAAUUGAUAUGAAGAAAAAUUCAUUACUGAUAGCAAGCUUUAGCAUGAAAUCAAUGAUUUCUGAGGCCUUCAAGAGCAAGCAGCUUUUUCUAUUUGGAAUUAUAGAGAAAGCUAAAAACAACAAGUUAUAAGCAAUAGAAUAUUUGACUUAGAGCUUGGAAAUUGCUACUCAUUAUGAUCACUUUUAAAAGAUGAAAACAAUUUAAAUUUUAUCUAAACUUUUUAAAGAAUAAUCUUAAAAAUAAGACUUUCUUGAUGAGGAAUAUCUAAGCUCUUAGGUUAACACUCCAUUAGAUUUGAUAAUUUUAUUGCAAUUAGAACCAGCUAAUAAACAAUCCAAUUUUUUACAAAUAUUAGAAGGUUUUAAAAAAUUCAAUUUCUUAAAUAAAACCGAUAGAAUAUAAAUUAUUGUUUUCAACAAAUAAAUUAACCAAUUUGUCCCUUACACUCAUAUAAAAAGCAAUGAUAAUUGGAAAACAAUAAUUGAUUCAUUGCAAGAUUUAAGAAAGGAAUUUUUUUAUUUUGAAGAAGCAGCUCAAAAGUAGCUUUCACUAUAAUAAGCUCUUUACCUUUCUCUGCCUUAUAUUUAUGAGCUUAAUACUUUAAAUAUCACAUAUUCAAUAAAAAAUGAAAUGGAUGCUAAUGAAUUGUCUUACGAUUAAUUUACAAAAGAUAGCAAUCAUAAUUAUUUAUAAAAAAGAAAAAAGCUCCUGCUUCUGUUAUCAAAUGGAGAUAUUUAAAACUUCUAAGAAAAAUCUCUACAAAAAUUAACCAAAAUACAUAAGCUUAUUACGUUUCAUCUAAAAGACAAUUGUUUAUUUAAUUAUAAAGAAUUGCAAUUUUAAGACAAAUAUUUUUAUUAUGAAUUACUUUAAAGUCAAAAUGAUUUAAUUUUAAAAUUAACUAAAUUGAGAUUAACAGAAAACUUUGACACAUAAAGUGUAUUUUUAAGUGUUUUAAAUGAAUUUUGA